CAGUGCAUCAGCCUGCAGUUCAUCUGGCAUCCUCUUUUACUUUCCCCUUGCCUCAGCUCCUCUGCUGACUGAUACCUCUUUUUUCCCUUACUCUUUCCUUUUCUUCCUCCCUUUCACCCACACCUCAUCCUCAAGCCACCAUGGUGAACAGAUAACCGCCCGGCCGUCCUGACACCAUGGGUGCCUGCCUCUGCAAAGGUCACAAAGAGCUCCACCAUCCCAUGAUAGCAGUGCAGGACCAGAUUGAGGAGGGUCAGCCAUCCUCUGUCAAGGAUGGCCAGAAUCCAACCAACGGCAGUGUGGCAGAUAAAAGCAGUGGCUAUGAUAUAGGCGAGCUGGCCACUUCUUCUUUGAUGGGUCUGGUGGCCACGGUAAAGGAGCAUAUCACCAAGCCGACGGCGAUGGCCCAGGGGCGAGUUGCUCACCUGAUUGAGUGGAAGGGUUGGGGCGGAGGCAGCCAGGUCAGGGGAAGUGGGAGCGGUUGGAGCGGGGCCUGGGGGGGGAUGGGGGCCGAGCUUCAGGAGGAUGAACAAUUCUACUCCCAAAUGACGGACGAGAUCAAGGAAGCUCGCUUCGCUGCAGGAGUAGCAGAGCAGUUUGCCCUGGCUGAGGCAUCCAUGCAUGUGUGGUCCAUGAACGACCGCUCAGAGCAGCCCUCCACCAGUUUACAAGCAGCACAAAGCCACUUCUUGUCCCAGUUCCUGCUGGACGGUGGAAGUGUCAGUGUUCCUCAGCACCUGUACAGCAUCCACGCCCAGACGUAUGGCAACAACAGGGCGGCCAACCCGGUCCUUCCGCCAACGGUCGACUGCAUUUCCUCGACGUCCAACACCCAGCAGGACAGAGAUCGUCCCAUCGAGGACAGAGGCCUUGCGACUGCAGAGGCUGCUGUCCGACACGUAGACAGCAGCUCGCUAUCCGAGGAUGACGUUUUUUAUAACUAGGCUCAAAUGGAAAACAAGCCAGCAAUGUUGAUGGUAAUCUCUAAAAUGAGCCUCACUGAGGGGACUUGACUUUCAGCCACCAGCAGUGACUGAUACAAAAAAAACAAAAUGUCGGUGAGAUAUUCCAAGAGGCAAAAAUGGCUUGUCUGGGAGGGUUUCAGCGCCUGAAUGGUCUUCAGAUACAAAGACUCUAAAUUGUAUUUUCUCCCCUGUAGAGGAGUGUACUUUUGUGAAUGUACAUAGUUUCACUGUUACAUUUUCAUUUUGUAAUCAGUGUACAAUAAACACUUUCAUAUUAUAGGUAGAAGUGAACUGUUAA